AACAAGACAGAAAUGUAGCGUUUAAACUUUAAACGACUCAUAAGUGCUCCUUAUUCCUAUGCUUAUCUUCACAAAACCAUGAGCUAUAAAAAAAUGAAUUCCAGUGAUCCCAGAAACAAGACAAAAAGAACAAAAAAUAAGAAUAAUUCCUUAGCCACGAAUAAUAAUUCUCAACUGACUCAACCAUCUAAUGUUAAUCCUAGAAAUAAAGACAAUACAGUUGAUUGUGUGAAACACCAAUGCCCCUUAUUAGCGAAAGAUUCGGAGUGGGUGGAUUUUCUGGAGGGUACAUCGUACGACAUAAAAUUGAAGGACCACAAUAAUAAUCCAGCUGGUGAAGAAGUACAACCUGAAGAUGAUUCUCUAAUUAAACCUAUAGCGCUUAUGUUUCCAAAUCUUUUGACUGAAGACAGAUUGCCAUUAGAAGGAAUUGUUAACAGAGCAUUAUCUACUACAGAAGUAACAAGGCAUUUAGUUGGUCAUAAAGCAAACUUUUCCUUCUUGAGAAAAGUGAACCGCUUAAUACCUCCCGAUAAGGUAUGGCUAGAAAGUUUAUCAGAAAAAAGCAUUUCGUCGAAUUCGAUAAACAUUACUGAAGACCAGGCAUUUGAUCAAAGCGCUGCAGCCGUCGAUACGAAUUCAAAAGCAAGUUCGUCUACGCAUUAAGAAUGUAGUGAAAAGUGCAACCUGCGAUUUCUUCUGAAAAUUGAACAAUAUACAGUAUGGAGCCUUUAAUUUUAAAUACCUACUUGUACGGUAGGUAUUUAGGUGGAAGCUUAGAAGUUAGAACUCAAGGAAAAUGAGAAUAAAAGAAUGGGAUCAUUUCUGUGCAGGCGUAUAGGAACCCAUUUUAGCUUUACGAAAAUAAUAAUUAUAUGAUCAAAAUCCGAGGAGUCGUAACUACUCAAAGGUUAUUAAAAAGAACAAAACUUGUUAAGCGUGUAUAUUCUA